AUGUGUGAAUGGCUGUCGUACGCCGAUUGGUGCGAUGUGAAAUUGCUCUGUGGCGAUCGUACAUUCGAGGCUCAUCGUGUUGUUCUUGCCAGCGCCAGUACCUUCCUUAGGGAAAUUCUCUUAUCCUGCCACACGAAUGAGACACCGACGCACAUGAUGCUACCGGAUUUCGACAAGGAAGCCAUGUCGGCGGUUCUACAUUAUAUUUAUAAUGGGGAGGUCGUUUUACAAAAACAGAAAAUGGACAUGUUCUUGGAUAUAGUGAAAGCUAUGCGAAUAUAUAUUGAUUACGAACUUUUGAAUCCAGAGUUAGGCUGUGUACAAAAUUCUAGUUCUAAUUCAUUUUUAAAGACAAAUGCAUGUCAACAAAGUUGUAUAAUCAGUCCGAAAUCUACACAAUGUUUUAGCGGAUCUUUCGUCACUAUUAAGAAAAAAUCGAAUAUUAAAGGUAUACAAUAUUUUCUGCAAAACUUCGAUUCUCACGGAAGGCAAAUUACAUAUCAAGACAAUAGGGGUGUACAGUGUGACAAUGCUUCAAAAGAUUUCAAAUCACCAUUUGUAGACCGACAAAGGAACUCUUUCCUACGUGAUUUAUUUAUCGAGACAUAUCCUCGAAACGGUAAUGUUAACGGUCAGACGAGAAGCGUGCUAGCAAUAUCAAAUGAAUGCUAUCGUUCUCCGGGAUCUGUGCUCUUGACGAAUGCAAAUGCCGAACAUCUCGGCGCCGGCGACAUAGGUGUACAAAAAUAUAAAAGCACCGUCGAGAUCCCCUUUCAUUCGCCGACAUGUCGCCCUGAACACUUGAGACAGUUUACGCAAAACCAGAAUUUAAUGCAAAAUUAUUUUCGGACCAAAGACGCAAAAGAGAUAAUUAAUCUAAGAUCGUGUUAUAAAUAUUCGAAUACUGUAACGAAUACAGAAACAUUACCCAAAAAUAUGGUACCCAUGUUACAGACUAACCUACAGACAACCUAUUUAAAUGAUCACGCUCCAAACAGAAACAUUCAAAAUAUGUCGAGUUAUACCCAAUCGAUGGCUGAUAUAAAUAAAUGUGGUAUGUCUCUACAAAAGCGAACUAUAUUAAGAGAAAGUUCAUUGCUUAUUAGUCUGGCUACUGAUUUUGGAAACGAAUACUGCGAAUCUAAAACGAAUGCUAGAACUAUAUCGAAAGCAGCAAUAUCAAAUCAUGUUCUAGAGAACCCUUGGCGACCACGUUUGCCCGUAGAUGCGAAGCCUUUUCGCAGGAAAUUCAAAGAAUCAAGUGAAAAAUUACCCUUACUGAACAAGGUGUCUGAAGCUGUUAGCGAUAACAACAAUAACUGUGCAACUACCCCUGCUGCACUAAGCAUCCAACCUCCAGUCUUAAAAGACGAGUUUAAAUGCAACAUUUGUAGCCAGGUGUUUCUGUCUGAUGAUGCGUUGACCACACAUAUGAGUCGACAUUCAAAAACUGCACGUUAUUCCUGUAACGAAUGCGGCAAAACAUUCUCACAGCUGCGCAACUUCAAGUACCAUAUGUCGAUUCACAGAGGCACUAGAGAGUUUGCAGCGACAUGCACUGUUUGUGGAAAGUAUUUCAACGACAGAGGAUACCUAAGCAGUCAUAUGAAAAUACAUAGAAAUCGUAAGGAAUACAAAUGUUCGCAAUGUCCGAAAUCUUUCAAUCAGCGUGUCGCUUAUAACAUGCACGUAAGAAUACAUACAGGUGUGAAGCCUCAUGUAUGCGAUCAGUGCGGCAAAGCGUUUUCCCGUAAGAUGCUCCUGAAGCAACAUCAGCGCACACAUUCGGGCGAACGACCUUACGCCUGCCCGCACUGCGACAAGCGGUUCGCUGACAGAUCCAACAUGACCCUCCACCUAAGACUCCAUACUGGUGUGAAGCCAUUUUCGUGUACGCUGUGUCCAAAAUCGUUUACGAAGAAACAUCAUCUUAAAUCUCAUUUAAACUUUCACACUGGCUCUAAGCCCUAUUCUUGCCCACGUUGUAAGCUCGCAUUCACACAAUCUUCGAACAUGCGGACCCAUUACAAGAAAUGUACGGUCGCUGAUCCUAAUGACACUUCUGAGUUGCCACCUCAAAAUUAGGAAAAUUAUUUUAGUUAUUUCACGAAACUAUUUAUUUGUAUAACUUAAUAAAGUCUUAGACGAAGUGCAAAUAUUGUCACGUUUAUUUAUUUAUUUUUGAAUUAUUAUAAUUGUUUAAAUUAAUUUAUGACAUACAGUUUUAUAAAAUCGAUUCUUGUAAUAUGAAUUGCCGUAAGAUAAAUGAUCAAAUCUAGCAUUUCGAUCCCUGUCUAGGUCUAAAUGAAUCCUUAAGGUUUUUUCCCUUCAUUUAUUCUUAAUUAAAUUAA